UGUGAUUAUGACGAGUCCACACAAUUUGCCUGUGACUACUGAGCGGAGAAUGAAUGGUCAUGUAAAGACUAUGCAUUUUCAACAGUUUAUGGGACCAGCAACAACAUUACUCUCUCUCCUGCUGGUUAUGGCUGUUGAUUCAACAAAAACUGUGGCAGCAAGCAGAAACCAGCAGUGUGGGAAUUUUCUGCAACCGACCUUGAAGCUCACCAGACUCAUACAGAAGGAAUCUGUUGACCUAAUCAAAACAUAUAAAGCCUCUCAAGGAGAAAUGUCAGAGCUCCUCUGCAAGGUGUCAGUUAACAACAUCCCCGAUCCCAGCAUCUCUGGCCUGGACCCUCCCGAGAGGAUAGUGAGCAUCUACACACAUCUCCAAGCAUUCUUCCCACAUUUCAAACGAGUGUAUGAGCAGCAGACAGACUUACAGCCACCAGCGAGCCCGCUGCUGACCGAGCUCACUGGUGUCAGCGCUCGCAGCAGGAGCCUGGCUGUUCUCAUAAACAAUUUCUAUCAGAGCGUUUUCCCAAACCUGCCUGUACCAGAGCCAGCAGGGGGGCCGACAACACUACCUCCACCUCAGAACAUCUUCCAGCAGAAGGUCUACGGCUGUGCGGUCCUGCAGACCUAUAAGGAGUUCCUUUCAAAUGUUUCCAAAGAACUGAGGACUCUCAAAAGUAAAGUGUGCAGGAGGAGGGUCCACCUCAACUUACUCUUCUUCUGAGAACAACCUAAGGCUGGAUUUAGACAAUUUCCAACACUUAUAUUAAUAAUUUGGGUUGAUUAAAACUUAAAAAGAUAAGUGAGUAUGAAGGUGGCUGGUACAUCAGUAUAAUAGAGUGUAUUUAUGGUAUUUAAUAUUUAUUUUCUUGUGUGUUUUGGACAAAAGGAGUGCUGUUAAAUGAUGAUGAGUAUAAAGUUGAUCUCUAUGCCAGUUAUUUAAUAUAUCUAAUAUGUUAUGGAAGGCUCCAUGUUGAUGUAAAUGUCUUUACUGUAUACAGAAGUAAUAAAAGAUACUUUGUAGCUCUAUUUCAUAUUGAUCUUUGAUUUAUUUCUGUACAGAU